UUCUGAUCUAACUUCUAAUUUCCUGUGUGUUUGUUUCUUGUUUUGACACGUUUACCCAAAUUUUGAUUGACAGCAGAGGUCUAGACAGUUAAACACAGGGUUCACACUUAUAGCAACUCGGCUGGUACAUUUAUCCGCCUUAAUACAAAAACAGUAGCAUACUUUUUCCACAAAGACUACUUCCUGCGUUACGGUCUGUCUCGGGGAGCGAUGCGUCCUCCACUCCAGCAGGGGUCUGGCUCCGGCUCGUCGAUACGGGGCAUGGCGGGUAAUCUUGGGCUGUUUACCUUCCUGUGGCCGGCGCGCGGAGCUCUGAGCCGGUAUGUCUCUGACAGAAGCCCCGCCGAGCUGCUGCGGCCUCCGGUCUUUAGCGGAGUCUGUCUCAGAGCUGCUGGCAGGGGUUGCGGAGGAGGUUCUGGGCGCGUUGGAGACGCGGAGCGGCGGUUCUGGGUCCUCCGGAGGACCCGACGCUCUGCUGCGGCCGCUGCUGGCCGAGCGGCUCGCGGCGGCGGCGCAGCAGAUCGUCGGGCUGCUGGAGCGGGAAGUGGAGGAGUCCCGACGGCAGCUGCGGCGGCUGGAGGCGCUGCUGAGCCCGGUGGUCCUGCUGAACCGGACAGACACAUCUACUCUUUGUAAGGUCACCGCUAAUGAAAGUCUCUGCCCGCUGUCAAACUCCAUCCACAUGCCUUCACCUCUGCCCAGCCCUGCCUCCUCAGACAUCACCUGUACAGCUAAAAGUGACGACCACUGGAGAGGCAGCCAAAACUCACUCUGCAUUAAAGGGACAGAUAGGAGAACCACGGACAGGAAGUCCAGUGGGCAGAGACAGCGGACAGCAUUGUUGGCGCGCCCGACGAAUCAGCCUUGUGUCCUCUGUGGAAAGAUUUUCUGCCAUCGAGGGAAUUUGUUGAAGCAUGUGAAAUUGCAUUCAGACUCCCCCGAGCAUCUCUGCGGGGUCUGCAAGCAGCGCUUUGAGUCAUCAGACAGUUUGUCAGACCAUCUGAGAUCUCACAUGGAAACCGUGAGCGGUGGAGGCGGGACCUGCAAGGUCUGCGGGAAAAUGUUUCAGAACGUGGAGACACACAUGAGGAGCCACACUGGAAUUAAACCUUUCAGCUGCGUCCUCUGCCAGAAGAGCUUUCCCCGAUCUGGAGCAUUGAGGCGCCACAAGAAGAUCCACAGCAGAAGGAGCACCGACUCCUGCCCCGUCUGUGGACUCAGCUUUGCUCAGAGUGAACUUCUCCAAGAGCACCUGAAGAUCCACGAGCACGGUGACGGAGACCAAAAUGAGAAAGACAGCAAGAGUGAGGACAGUCAGCCAGACUCACUGAAGCUAAAACGGGAGGGACCAAUGCCAGAUCUGAAUUCGGCGGUGCUCUGCUGCAGAGUCUGUGGUGAUUCGUUCCACAGUCAAGGCUUCCUUAGGAAACAUGCUCAAAUGCACUGCAGGGAGUCAGAGAGCAUGUGUGGUGUCUGCGGACAGCAGCUCGACUCACCAGAUGUUCUUCUAACACAUUUGCAGUCACACAGAGAGACUGGUGGGACCUGUGGCAUCUGCGGAAAGACUUUCCAGAAUAUGGAGACGCACAUGAGGAGCCACACCGGCCUCAAACCGUACCGCUGCUUGGUCUGUGGCAAACACUUCCCCCGGCCAGGCGCGCUUAGGCGCCACAAUAAGAUCCACAGUGGGGAGCGCCCGCAUGUCUGCAACCACUGUGGCAAGACCUUCAUAGAGAGCAGUGCUUUGAAAACCCACAGAAAGAGUCACUCAUUAGAGGGUCAAGAUGGCGAGUCACACCCUAACCCUAACCCUAACCCGGUGCACUCUCAGACCAAGACAUCUGACACAGAGAAUGCCAGAAUGCUGCCACGCUGUAAAGUUUGCGGUGAGUCUUUUCAGAGUAAAGUAAGUUUGAGAAAACAUGCCAAAAAUCACUCGGCAGGGUCUGUCUGCGGGGUCUGCGGUGAAAGUAUGCCACCAUCAGAAACACUCACAGAGCACCUGCAGAGUCACAGAGACGCUGGCAAAAUCUGUCACGUAUGCGGGAAAACCUACCAGAACAUUGAGACUCACAUGAGGAGUCACACCGGCAUCAAACCAUACCACUGCAGGGUCUGCGGGAAGUCCUUUCCGCGGUCUGGUGCUCUGCGGCGCCACAAGAGAAUCCACAGUGGGGAGCGACCAUAUAUCUGCGAGUUCUGUGGCAAGACGUUCAUUGAUAACGGCGCUCUCACCUUGCACAUCAGGAACCACACCAGAGACAAACCAUCCAACCGCAUCUCCUGCGAGACAUGCGGGAAGAGCCUCGCCUCCAUCCACGUCCUCGAGGUUCACAGGAGGAUCCACACAGGCGAGAAACCCUUCCAGUGCUGCAUCUGCAGGAAAGCCUUCAGGCAGGUGGGAGGGUUGAAUGCCCACAAGCUGACGCACACAGGCGAGAAGCCAUUCAGCUGCAGCCUAUGCACUAAGAGCUUCAGCACCAAAGGUUACCUUGAGACGCACCUCCGCUUCCACAGGAAGGAGCGCGCGUUUAGCUGCCACCUAUGCUGGAAGGCCUUCGUCACCAAGAAUGACCUGAAAAAGCACCUACUGACGCACAGUGGGGAGAAGCCAUACAGCUGCCGGCUCUGCGGCAAGAGCUACCAGGAAAAGCGCUCCCGGGAUGUGCACAUGAAGGUCCACACAGAUGCCAGUGACGACCCAAUCGGGGAGCAGAACACUUUGCAGCCACAGCUGCUGCAGCUGUAGAGACCAGUCCAGACCAGUUUGUACUGGUUUUACUAACUGAUCAGAGACAGAAAAUAUUUUCACGAGACUAAAUAAAAUCUUCCUGAAUAUGUAUGUUUUUUGGUGUUUGCAAUAAAAAAAAAAACUCAGCGGGGCCUCGAAAACAGAGGGCCUUGAAAGGAUCCAGUUCUUGAACCCAGGAUUGUUCAUUCUGCAUUCUGCUGAGUUCUGAGUUCCUGAUAAUGUGCUAAAAUAAUCCUGGGGUGAAUGAGUCAACUUUCUGUGGGUUUUCUUGUUAUCGUCUAUCCUGGGCCUUACACAGAGUUUCUCUCUGAUUUCUCAGACUUUUUAUCUGAUUUAGUGCUCAGCUCAGAUAAAAUAAUUAUUGUGGGUGAUUUUAACAUCCAUGUAGAUG